GCGGGAACUGAGCCCGGGCGGCGCGGCUGCGGGCGGCGCCCCCCCUCCGGGGCAAUAUGUUCAAGAGAAUGGCUGAGUUCGGGCCUGACUCCGGGGGCAGGGUGAAGGGCGUUACCAUCGUGAAGCCGAUCGUGUAUGGAAACGUCGCACGGUAUUUUGGGAAGAAAAGAGAAGAAGACGGUCACACUCACCAGUGGACGGUUUAUGUCAAGCCUUACAGAAACGAGGAUAUGUCUGCCUAUGUGAAAAAAAUUCAAUUCAAGUUGCAUGAAAGCUACGGUAAUCCUUUAAGAGUUGUUACCAAACCACCAUAUGAAAUCACCGAAACGGGCUGGGGUGAAUUUGAAAUAAUCAUUAAGAUAUUUUUCAUUGAUCCAAAUGAAAGACCUGUAACCUUGUAUCACUUGCUGAAGCUUUUUCAGUCUGAUACCAAUGCCAUCCUGGGAAAGAAAACUGUAGUUUCUGAGUUCUAUGACGAAAUGAUAUUUCAAGAUCCUACUGCAAUGAUGCAGCAGCUGUUAACAACGUCGCGUCAACUAACACUAGGUGCUUAUAAGCAUGAAACAGAGUUUGCAGAUCUUGAAGUGAAAACCAGGGAAAAGCUGGAAGCUGCCAAAAAGAAAACUAGUUUUGAAAUUGCUGAGCUUAAAGAAAGACUAAAAGCAAGUCGUGAAACCAUCAACUGUUUAAAGAAUGAAAUCAGAAAACUUGAAGAAGAUGAUCAGUCUAAAGAUAUGUGACGAGUGUUGACUUGAUAAAGAGCCUAUACUGAAAACAGAAGGACUUCAGUCAUGGAAUUGUAUGUGUUCUCUUCAGUUCUGUAACUGAGACUAUGUGAAUUUCACUUGCAAAUGAUUGAAGUAUGUGGCAAUCGACUUCAUAAAUGGAAGAAAAAAGAAAGAAUGUAUCCUUGUUUUAUAGUUAAAAUCUGUGGGUACUUAACGAUUUCUGUCAAGUAGAAGGGGUCUUGGAGACCAGACUACUUUUUUUUUUUUUAAACUGCAUUUGAGUGGUAUAUGAAAACUUUGUAUUAAGUCUUGUAGUAGUUCAAUGUGAUUUUUACAAAAUGCAGGUGUUUACUUUUUUACUUGUUUUUUCUACUGAUUGUUUAGUGAUGCAUCUUUAAAGCUGAAAAUAAAAUGUGCAGGUUUUUUAUUUUAAUAUUUUUUUUGUCUCUGUCCAGUUAUGGGCUUCAAGAACAAUUGUAAAUAGCAUACCUUGAUUUAAGGCAGAGGUUGAAAUAUAAUGGUAUGCAAGUUG